GCGACAGCCAGCGUUUGGAAUUCUAGUGGAUAGAUUGUUGACUUUGACAGUCCAAGAACUUCCGACUACAACUUUUGCUUCCGAUAAGUUUUGUAUCAGUGAAGGGAAAACCUCAUGUGCCACCACAUCAGGUAGCGUCGAGUUCUCCAUUAUAGUAACACAACCAUUCAGGAUCAAAGGAUGACUACACUAACACGACAGGAUCUUAAUUUUGGCCAAGUGGUGGCUGAUAUAUUGUGCGAGUUUUUGGAGGUUGCCAUUCAUCUCAUCCUGUAUGUUCGAGAAGUCUAUCCAUCCGGAAUCUUUCAGAAGAGGAAGAAGUACAAUGUCCCUGUUCAGAUGUCAUGCCACCCCGAGUUAAACCAGUAUAUUCAGGACACGCUUCACUGUGUGAAACCCCUCAUUGAGAAGAAUGAAGCGGAGAAGGUGGUAGUCGUCAUCCUGGACAAAGAGCACCAUCCGGUGGAGAGGUUUGUCUUUGAGAUUUCCCAGCCUCCACUGCUGUCCAUCAGCUCUGAGACCCUCCUCUCCCAUGUGGAGCAGCUCCUUCGGGCGGUGAUACUGAAGAUCAGCGUGUGUGACGCUGUUUUGGACAACAACCCACCAGGAUGCACGUUCACAGUCCUUGUACACACAAGGGAAGCUGCCACCAGAAACAUGGAGAAGAUCCAAGUGAUCAAGGACUUCCCGUGGAUCGUGGCGGACGAGCAGGAGGUGCUCAUGCAGGGCUCCAGACUCAUCCCCCUCAAGACCAUGACCUCUGACAUCGUCAAGAUGCAACUCUAUGUGGAAGAGAGGGCCCAGAAGACCUCUGCAACAACACACUAGAGGACAAGAUGGCUACAUACAGCGGAAGACAUCUUAGCAGCACACAGCUACAGUGGAGCCGAGGAGCGGGGGCAUACGACACUACCCCUUGGCUCAGAUUCAGCGUGGACGAGGACAAGUUUACAAGAGUCAAUCUACUUUUUGCUUCCUAACAAUCAGGGUGCGAUUUGUAGGGGGGGAUGGGGGGGAUUGUCCCCCCUUCUGGUUUUGACACCUCCACUUUUCCUACAGGAUUUUAAUAUUUGCGGUAUAUAACUCCAUUGUUAAUGCUUAAAAUCUGAAACUUAUCCCCCCUUCUGGUUCUUCAACAAAUCACACCCUGCUAACAAGGAUGCUACCCCUGGCGUGUGUGUGUGUGUGUGUGUGUGUGUGUGUGUGUGUGUGUGUGUGUGUGUGUGUGUGUGUGUGUGUGUGUGUGUGUGUGUGUGUGUGUGUGUGUGUGUGUGUGUGUGUGUGUGUGUGUGUGUGUGAGAGAGAGAACUGGGUUUGCUUUUGAAUAAGAUUUUUAGGCCACUUGUGACACAAUAGUGUGUAUAAUGUUGUGCUGCUUUUUCAAUCUGCCUUCUUUUGUGUGUGUGUGUGUGUGUGUGUGUGUGUGUGUGUGUGUGUGUGUGUGUGUGUGUGUGUGUGUGAAAAUAUGGAAUACCUCUGUUUACAAGGACAAUGACCAUGGCGCUUAACUACAGUGAAUGUUAUCUGGUUGUGCUUUUGUGUGAACUGUUAUUGUGUUUUUGUCGUCCUCUCUUUUUUCCCCUUGACUCUUUUUUCUG